AUGACUCAGACCCCGUUAUAUGCAGAGAAGAAUCUGGAGAUUACUGCCAGCCAGGACUUGUUUCAACAGGCAGGUGCUGAACAUGGUGCCGUUCAGUCGGUAGGGCAAAGAAUCCAGCAGAGAGACUUGCCAGGGCUCUGCACAGCCGUCGGCGCGGACCCCUGGUCUCACACUGCUUAGCCAGUUGUGGGAGCGCUUAGAGGUCCACACCCGAACUUCAGCAGGCAGCACGGAAUCUCGGGUUGCUUUCUGUCAUUUCUGUGUGCUCAGACACAAAUAGACAAACGAGUAGUUAUUAGGGAAAAUGGGAAGUGUACACUGAUCUAUGUAUGGAUGAGAUGGGUUUCUCAGGCAUAUGACUCAAUAGCUGCAGAUGAUUUUGCAGCCUUUGUAGGGCUUCCUGUAGGAAGCUCCUUUUCCGGUCUACUAGAACAGGGCUGGCAAACUGACUUUUAAACUGUUACAGUAAUGCCUAAAAAGCCAAAUGCCUGCCAGCUGGCCACGGAUCCUGUAGGGGACAGGCUCUCCAAAUCCUCGCUGCAGCCAGGGCUCCCCCAGCGACUGUGGAUCUGGAUGAUGGCAAG